UCGGCCGCACUAGCAGUCUCCCGCGGCAGCUGGCGCCGCCCGCUCGUCCCGGCUGCUCGCCUCUGGCCCCCGCGAGUCCGGCUCCUCCCGAACAACUUUGCACCGAGCCAAAAGGCCCGAGGACGUCGCGGCGCCGCCUGCGGCCCACUUGCGGGCCGGAUGGACUCCAGCGCCUCUCCGAGCCCCUCCGACCCGCAGCCUCCGCCACCCCCGCCGCCCCAGGCCCGCGCGCGGCUCAACGGUACUUCCUCGGUGACCCAGGAGAAAAGUGGGGUGUCCCAGGCCCCUGGGCCCCAGGCUCAUGGACCCGGACCAGAUGCGGGAGGUGCAGCGGCCCCCACAGUGUCCCGGGCCCUUCGUGCCAGGAGCCGAGAGAGAGCAGACAGAACAGGGCCCGUGAAGGGGGACGUGGAAGUCCCCUUUGAAGAAAUCCUGGAGAAGGCCAAGGCCGGGGACCCCAAGGCACAGACAGAGGUGGGGAAGCACUACCUGCAGCUGGCCGGCGACGCGGACGAGGAGCUCAACAACUGCACGGCCGUGGGCUGGCUGAUCCUGGCCGCCAAGCAGGGCCGCCGCGAGGCCGUCAAGCUGCUUCGCCGGUGCCUGGCGGACAGAAAAGGCAUCACCUCCGAGAACGAGCAGGAGGUGAAGCAGCUCUCCUCGGAGACCGACCUGGAGCGCGCCGUGCGCAAGGCGGCCCUGGUCAUGUACUGGAAGCUCAACCCCAAGAAGAAGCAGCAGGUGGCCGUGUCGGAGCUGCUGGAGAACGUGGGCCAGGUCAACGAGCAGGAGGGAGGCACACAGCCAGGCCCCGUCCCCAAGUCGCUGCAGAAGCAGAGGCGGGUGCUGGAGCGCUUGGUCAGCAGCGAAUCCAAGAGCUACAUAGCGCUGGACGACUUCGUGGAGAUCACCAAGAAGUACGCCAAGGGCAUCAUCCCGGCCAACCUGUGCCUGCAGGACGAGGACGAGGACGAGGACGAGCUGGCCGGCAAGAGCCCCGAGGACCUGCCCCUGCGCCUGAAGGUGGUCAAGUACCCGCUGCACGCCAUCAUGGAGAUCAAAGAGUACCUGAUCGAGAUGGCCUCCCGGGCCGGCAUGCACUGGCUGUCCACCAUCGUGCCCACCCACCACAUCAACGCCCUCAUCUUCUUCUUCAUCAUCAGCAACCUGACCAUCGACUUCUUCGCCUUCGCGGUGCCCCUGGUGGUCUUCUACCUGUCCUUCCUGUCCAUGGUGAUCUGCACCCUCAAGGUGUUCCAGGACAGCAAGGCCUGGGAGAGCUUCCGCACCCUCACCAGCCUGCUGCUGCGCUUCGAGCCCAACCUGGACGUGGAGCAGGCCGAGGUGAACUUCGGCUGGAACCACCUGGAGCCCUACGUGCACUUCCUGCUGUCCGUCGUCUUCGUCAUCUUCUCCUUCCCCAUCGCCAGCAAGGACUGCGUGCCCUGCUCGGAGCUGGCCGUGGUGUGCGUCUUCUUCACGGCCGCCAGCUACAUGAGUCUGAGCACGUCCGCCGAGCCCUACACCCGCAGGGCCCUGGUCACCGAGGUGGCCGCCGGCCUGCUCUCCCUGCUGCCCGCCCUGCCCCUCGACUGGCGCUACCUGAAGCUCCUGGGCCAGACCCUGCUCACCGUGCCGCUGGGCCACCUGGUCGUGCUGAACGUCAGCGUGCCCUGCCUGCUCUACGUCUACCUGCUCUUCCUCUUCUUCCGCAUGGCCCAGCUGCGCGGCUUCAAGGGCACCUACUGCUACCUGGUGCCCUACCUGGUCUGCUUCAUGUGGUGCGAGCUCUCCGUGGUCGUCCUGCUGGAGUCCAGCGGCCUGGGGCUGGUGCGCGCCUCCAUCGGCUACUUCCUCUUCCUCUUCGCCCUCCCGAUCCUGCUGACGGGCCUGGCGCUCAUGGGCCUGGUGCAGUUCGCCCGCUGGUUCGUGUCCCUGGAGCUCACCAAGAUCGCGGUCACCCUGGCGGUGUGCAGCGUCCCGCUGCUGCUGCGCUGGUGGACCAAGGCCAACUUCUCGGUGGUGGAGAUGGUCAGGUCGCUGACGCGCAGCUCCGUGGUCAAGCUCAUCCUGGUGUGGAUCUCGGCCGUGGUGCUGUUCUGCUGGGUCUACGUGUACCGCUCGGAGGGCAUGAAGGUGUACAACUCCACGCUGACCUGGCCGCAGUAUGGCGCGCUGUGCGGGCCGCGCGCCUGGAAGGAGACCAACAUGGCGCGCACCCAGAUCCUGUGCAGCCACCUGGAGGGCCACCGGGUCACCUGGACGGGCCGCUUCAAGUACGUGCGCGUGACGGACAUCGACAACAGCGCCGAGUCGGCCGUCAACAUGCUGCCGCUGUUCCUCGGAGACUGGAUGCGUUGCCUGUACGGCGAGGCCUACCCGGCCUGCAGCCCCGGCAACGCCUCCACGGCCCAGGAGGAGCUGUGCCGGCUCAAGCUGCUGGCCAAGCACCCCUGCCACAUGAAGCGCUUCGACCGCUACAAGUUCGAGAUCACGGUGGGCAUGCCCUUCGGCACCAACGGGCCCCGCGGCCCCGAGGAGGACGACGUCACCAAGGACAUCGUGCUGCGGGCCAGCAGCGAGUUCAAGGACGUGCUGCUGCGCCUGCGCCAGGGCAGCCUCGUCGAGUUCAGCACCGUCCUGGAGGGCCGCCUGGGCAGCAAGUGGCCCGUCUUCGAGCUCAAGGCCAUCAGCUGCCUCAACUGCAUGGCCCAGCUGUCGCCCGCCCGGCGGCACGUGAAGGUGGAGCAGGACUGGCGCAGCACCGUGCACGGCGCCGUGAAGUUCGCCUUCGACUUCUUCUUCUUCCCCUUCCUGUCGGCCGUGUGAGGAGGGGUCCCGGCCCCG